AUGAUAUUUGAGGUCUAUCUCUCCUUAGAAACGUGGUAUCAUCUGUGUCUCAUCUGUGCUCCUGUCUUCUUCGACAUGCCCGAGCGGGGACCAGCAAUACUUCCAUAUCGCGUUCCAUAUCGAUCGUGCGCGAAGGAUGCUCAGUGGCUUUUCCUCUCGCAAGGGACUCGAAAAGCAUCAUAUCUUUCCUUGCAGGACUUCGUGAAAAGUCCUUCAAAGAAGGAUGUGUCAACAACGUCUGACCAUCGGGUCGGCGAUCGUUUUACACGUUUUAUCAAAUUCGACCAGUUUGCCUGUCGUUUUGCCUGA